AUGGCCAAGACUGGACUUGUAAUUUACAUCCUGGUUAUCACCUUACUCCUGGACCAGACCACCAGCUACACAUCCAGAUGGAAAGCCAGGAAGCACAGCAAACGCCGAGUGAAAGAAAAGGAUGGAGACCUAAAGACUCAAGUUGAAAAGCUCUGGAGAGAAGUCAAUGCUCUGAAGGAAAUGCAAGCCCUACAGACAGUCUGUCUCCGAGGCACAAAAGUUCACAAGAAAUGCUACCUUGCUUCGGAAGGCUUAAAGCACUACCAUGAAGCCAACGAAGACUGCAUCUCCAAGGGCGGAACGCUAGUUGUCCCCAGAAACUCUGACGAGAUCAAUGCCCUCCGGGACUAUGGUAAAAGAAGCCUGCCAGGUGUCAAUGACUUUUGGCUGGGCAUCAAUGACAUGGUCACAGAGGGCAAGUUUGUUGAUAUCAAUGGAAUCACCAUCUCCUUCCUCAACUGGGACCGUGCACAGCCUAACGGCGGCAAGCGCGAAAACUGUGCCCUGUUCUCCCAGUCAGCUCAGGGCAAGUGGAGUGAUGAGGUCUGCCGUAGCACCAAGAGGUACAUUUGCGAAUUCAUCAUCCCUUAA